AUGCCAGGCACCCAUCGGGACUUGGUCCUCUUGGCCCGUCGCCUAGGCAUACAGUAUAUCUGGAUAGAUGCUCUCUGCAUCAUCCAGGACAACCGUAAGGACUGGGAGACCGAAGCGGCAUUAAUGUUUCGGGUGUACCGCCACGCCUAUCUGACUGUCGUUGCCGCAGCUGGAGAUUCAUGUCAUUCUGGGUUCUUGUCUCGACCUGGAGUUGGCCCACUUGCUGUUGUCCCCUUUCAGUCACGAUCGGGAACCGUGUCAGGCUCGUAUCUACUCUCUUGGCAUCAAGAGUACAGUGCCUGGGACGCAAACAACCCCAGCCAUAUGUCUGGCUGCUCGUGGGCGACGCGUGGCUGGACGCUGCAGGAAGAUGUCCUGUCGAGCAGGGUGGUGUACUUUCGGGACACGACGUCGUUCUUUCGGUGUCAGACACAACGGUGUUUGGAGCAUAGCACUACAGUCUACAGAAAUGUUCAUCGCUGGCAGGAAAGACUUAGUUCUUCUGCCUUGGCUGGUCCAUCAGACGACAACAGCAGCAAGACGACAGAGGGAAGAGACAAGACGAACCUCUACAAAUUGUGGCGGGCCAUGGUUGCGGAGUACUCCCUCCGGAACCUCACGGUCGAGGAAGAUAAACUGCCGGCAAUAUCCGGUCUGGCUCGGAGCUUCAAUGUUGGACUUGAUGACCAAUACUUUGCAGGACUAUGGAGAGGUGACUUUGUGAGGGCGCUGCUCUGGUCCACCCGCCACGACGCGGUCAAACCAGCCAAAUUCUGUGCGCCGUCUUGGAGCUGGGCUUCGUGGAAAGGUGAGGUUGGAUGGUCAAAGUCUCAUUCCCUUCCACUGGUAACGGAGUGCAAGAUUCGCCACAUUUAUGUGGCGCCCUUGGGUUCAGAUCUAUUCGGCAGGGUGAAAGGUGGUUACGUCGACCUGACUGGGUCGUUGCGUCCGGUUUCGCUGCGCCCAACAGACGUUAGCGUUCUGGCUGAUAAUGAUCCCUAUAGGGUUGAUUUGUUUCAAGAGGGGGUUGUGGAGGCGUGGGCUCGAGGCGCAAUAGAUGGCUUCACGUCGUCGGGAUUGAGGAACAAUGGCAGUUACAAGGAGCCAGAUGUUGCCAAACUGGACUGUCUUACAGAUAUUCAGGCAUUAGUUCUAGCCUUUGGCUCGGCUCCAGUGGGUGUAGAUCCUGACACAGACGAUUUGAUAUUCUCGCAGCCGGAGUAUCCAGUUGGCCUGCUGGUGGUGGCAGAGAAGAACAGCAGUCUGAUGGAUAUGCCCACAUACAGACGAGUUGGCGUUUUUCAGGCGCAGACUACGGCGGCUCAGGGACUACAGGCUGAGAAGUCCGUUUUCGAUAUCAGGCUUAUUUAA